UAUCACUCUACCUGGUACUAAUAAUACCGUACUAUACCUAGGUACCCACCCAAGGUAUACAACAGUUACAACUUCAUCUGUUUGCCAUGCGUGAGAUAAUUACUCUACAACUCGGCCAACAGAGCAACUACUUGGCCACUCAUUUCUGGAAUACCCAGGAAUCCUACUUCACCUACGGCACCGAUGAGGAGUCACCCAUCGACCACAAUGUUCAUUUCAGGCCAGGCCUUGGCGCUGAUGGCUCCGACACUUUCACGCCUAGGACAGUCAUCUAUGAUCUAAAGGGGGGGUUUGGCACUCUGAGAAAGAUUAAUGCGUUGUAUGAGAUAGGCGAUGAUGCUGCCUCUAGUAGUUUGUGGCCUGGCCAGAUGGUGGUCCACAGACAGCCGCCCAUAGAGACAAGUGCAUUUCAGGAGAGCCUCGAUACUGGCCAGACACCUCCGGAGCUCAACACGAGCACGGUCAGAUACUGGUCUGACUUCAAUCGCAUCUUUUUCCAUCCGAGGUCUAUCAUCCAACUCAGCGAGUAUGAGCUCAACUCGACUAUCCAGCCCUUUGAGAAAUGGCAUAUGGGUGAAGACCUCUUCGCUUCCCUCGACAAGGAGCACGAUCUUCCAGAUAGAGAUCUUCGCCCUUUCGUCGAGGAGGCAGACCAGAUGCAAGGAUUUCAGAUCAUGACCGGCAUAGAUGAUGCCUGGGGCGGGUUUGCAGCUAAGUACAUAGAGCGACUCAGGGAUGAGUAUGGUAAGAUUCCUAUAUGGGUCUUUGGAGUCCAGGAGCCUUCGAGGGGGCUACCAAGGGAAAAGAGAAUGUUGAAGUUAGUAAACAAGGCCCGGACCCUGGCCGAGCUCAAUUCACAGGCAUCACUAGUUGUUCCUCUCGCUUUACCUGAGAAGCCCCUACCCUCGUCCAUACGACUUGAUGCUUCAUCUCCUUGGCACGUAUCCGCCCUCUUUGCUGCUGCUCUAGAAAGCAUGACACUAUAUACCCGACUAAAGACCACUGAUCGUAUAUACUCGAGUAACCUUGGUAACAUGGCAGACCUCUUGAACGUGUUUGGAAAACAGACUAUCGCGAACCUGGAGAUGAGUAUAUUCGAGACACCGGAUUCCCAGCAAAACGGCAGCGCACCCAGAACCUCCAACGGCUUAAAUGGCCGAGGAGAAGCGGUGGGUAACGGGAAUGGGCAUGGGACAAGUAUGGAGGACGAUUCCGAGUCUGGCUCACAGAAAGGGAGUGUGGCUUUGGACAUCGAUCUAUCGUCCCCUCAAGACCUCAACGUCGAUCCAAACCGAAGACGUCGGAAGCGUCACAUUUUUAGUCAGGUCCUAGCAGAUAGAGGGCUGCAAAACUUAGACGCAGCUCAUGCUCGCGACGACCUGGAGAUGAGGGAGAGAGGUAGAAAUGGCAUGCAGCGCCGCUCCAAGGUCCACAACUACCGUUCGCGAAUGGCCUUCCCGAUCAUCGACAGCUAUCCCAAGAUAUUCGCGGACAAAUACGGCCAUCCCAUAAAGGAUCACUUGUCCGUUCAGACAGCACUGUCCACGGACUCGACCGUAACAGAUAAAGUGAAGGCGCUCCGCACCACUGUCGUCCGCUCGCUCGGUCUAGAAGACCGCGAGACCAUAGGCAACGAACUCGCUGAGAUUGCGGACAGCUAUAAGGAAGGCUGGUCGAGUGACAGCGAUGAGGAUGAUGAUGAUGAUUGAGUGGUGAACAAGGGCUCAUACUUAGGUAGGCACUUACUACGUUACCUUACGUUAGUUACCUGUAGGUAAUCCAUCGGUUGCGAGAAUACCUACCAAUUCGAUCUGGCCUAUAACUUGGCAUAUUGAAUUAGGUAUACUGCCACCGCAGACUAUCUUUUCUUUUGCUAAAUAUUGAUAAUUAUCUCCGCUUGCCUACCUACAUAGGUAGGUAGUAGAUCCUUCAUCCCUAGCCCUUGCCCGUUCCCGACGGUAACCCUCCCCCUAUUUGCCUGCGACUGUGCAUGUAGGCACAUACAUAGCUUGACUCUAUCUCUGCCCGGUCUAAACACCUGUGGCCUCGCUCUUCUAGAUAGUAUAUGCCUAAUCUUCCCAGCAAAUAGGCCGGAGAUGAUUUCGCAUAGCACAGGUCUUGGCUAGAAUCAAGUACAUACCUACCUAGGUAGGUAACCUAGGCAACUCUACCUACCUCGCGCGGAUCUCCCCCCCCCUCCCCAAAUCUCAACCCGAGCUCUU